GUGAAAUUAACGUGCAAGUGGCUAAGCACUCCACAGACACGUGUACCCUUAACGUAGUUCUCGGGGAUAUUCAGCGUGACACAGUGUGACAAGGCUGACCCUUUGAAUUACAGGUAGAACAGAAAUAGGGAGUAAGAGUGAGAGAAAGUUGUGGUGAAAGAGGACAGCAGGGCUCACCACCAUCCCCUGGUGGGAGCCUCGUGGAGCUUUAGGUGUUUUCGCUCAAUAAACACUCACAACGCCCGGUCUGGGAAUCGAAACCUGCUCUAACCACUGGGCCAUUGCGCCUCCUUGACGACACGUAGAUGUAAGGGAAAUAAUUUUGAUUGCAUACAGAGUCACCGGAUGUUAUGAAAAUCAAACCGUUUCAGUAUGAAUGUGACAUGGGAUGUAACUGCAGUUAUUGCUGAACAACAUCAGGUGCCUUUGAAUAUUUCCAGAAAUGUUGUCAGACUGUUGGAUGAUGACAAUACCAUUCCAUUCAUUGCAAGAUAUCGCAAAGAACAAACUAAUGCAAUGGAACCUGACAAACUCCGCUCUAUACUAGAGACCCUUUCAGAAAUGAGGUCUGUUGAGAAGAAAAUACAAUCUGUUCACAACUCAAUCAAUAAACUUGGUAAAAUGUCAAAGUUUCUAGAGAAAUCCUUGCUAUCUGCACAAACAAUGCAUGAAGUUGAAAUCUUGUAUGCUCCUUUUAAACCUGGAAGCCAGAGAAGUUUGGCUGAACAAGCACGAGAAGCUGGGCUUGAACCCGCUGCUGAAAAUAUUCUCUAUAAUGGCUGGAUGGUGAACUUUGCAACACUUGUACAACCACCACCUUCAAAGUAUUCCUCCAUACAAGAAGUAAAGACUGGUGUAAAGUACAUAAUUGCUGACAUUAUUGCCAAAAAUACAGAAGCAAGAGAAACUAUCAAUAGACUAUUCCAGACUCAUUAUGUGGUUUUAGAGUCGAAGAAGAAGAAAACUGCUGAGAAAAAGACAAACACUGGCGAUAAAAAGGCAAAAGCUAAACCUGGAAAGAAAAAUGUGGAGCUACACAAGUUUUUCAACUAUUUUGAUUUCAAAUGUGGGAUUAGAUCUAUCAAACCCCACCAGGUUCUUGCAAUCAACCGGGGUGAAGAAAAUGGCAUAUUGUCAGUGAAAAUUGUCGUUCCUGACAGAAUAAAAUAUGAAUAUCUUAAUUUUUGUUGCCGAACAUGGAUUCGACCUGCAACACCACCUGAAAAUAAAAAUAUUCUGGAAGACUGUUUCCAGGAUGCCUUUAAACGACUUGUAUCCCCUCAGAUGUGUCGUUUUACUAGAUCCGAGCUGACAAAAACAGCAGAGAAGGCUUCUAUUGAAGUGUUCUGUAGUAACCUAAAGAGUCGUUUGCUAAUGUCACCACUGAGAGGGAAAAUUGUGCUGGCAAUAGAUCCUGGCUUUUUGCAUGGCUGUAAGGUCGCUGUUAUAUCAGAAACAGGCCAGGUAUUGUAUACAGACACACUAUACCUUCACAAUCAUAAAAGCAAUGUGGUCAAAGAAAGCGAAAAAUUAGUUGAUAUCAUCAACAGUAACAGGUGUGAGGUGGUUGCCAUUGGCAAUGGUACUGCAUGCCGGGAGACAGAAUCAAUAUUAUCCAAAUACAUCAGUCAAAAAUCAUUUGGAUCGCAGAAGGUUCAAUAUUGUAUUGUUGAUGAAAGUGGUGCUUCAAUUUAUAGUGUAUCUCCUGUAGCUCAGAAGGAGCUUCCUGAUAUGGACCAGAACAUUCGUGGCGCUGUCUCUAUAGCUCGCCGUCUUCAGGAUCCUAUUGCAGAACUAGUCAAGAUUGAACCUAAACACAUAGGAGUUGGAAUGUAUCAGCAUGAUGUUGCGGACAGCAAGUUGAAAGAUGCUUUAGAUGGUAUUGUACAGGAGUGUGUCAGUUUUGUUGGAGUUGACUUGAAUACAGCUAGUGAACAUCUAUUAAGGAUGGUGUCAGGUCUGAACUCAUCACAGGCUAAACAUAUCAUUGAAUGGCGAGAAAAACAAGGAAACUUUUGUAACCGUGAGCAGUUAAGACUGGUGAAGGGCAUCGGAGAGAAAACAUACAAUCAGUGUGCAGGAUUUGUCCGAAUUAACCCUACUUCAAAUAGAUCAAAUUUGAGUGAAGAAGUGUUUGAAGUAGAAGAAGCAGGACCUUCAAUGAGAGGAAAACGAAAACUGAAAACAGAGUCAAAGCAAAGUUCCAAGAAAGUCAAGCUGGAAGUGAAUGAUGGAUCAAAUCCACUGGACCGCACCUGGAUCCAUCCAGAGUCUUAUGGUACUGCUUGCAAGUUCAUAAAACAGGUUGGUGCUUCAAUAGACCAAGUUGGUUUCCCACCAUUUAUUGACAAAGUAAAGCAGUUUAUGAAUUCCACAAGUGUUGAGAAACUUGCUAAGCAAUAUGAGAUUGGUGAACCAACCAUGUCAUUGAUCGUCACAGGACUUACACAAGCAAUUAACUAUGACAUCAGAGAAGAGUCUGAGAAGCCAUUGUUCCGUACCAGUGUGAUGGGCUGGAGUGACUUGAAAGUGGGAGAACAGCUGAGUGGUCGUGUCAGCAAUGUCACUCAUUUUGGUGCAUUUGUUGAUAUUGGUGUGGGCACUGAUGGUUUGCUGCAUGUGAGUGGGAUCAAUAAAAGUCUACUGCAUGCAAAGAAUCGCACAAACUUAGCCAUUGGAGAUAAGAUCGAAGUGAAAGUCACGAACUUUGAUGUUACCAAAAAACGGAUCGGUUUGUCAUUGGUCAGUUUCCUUUAAGAACAACUAUCGGAUAGACAUUAAGUUUUUAACAUUAACCCUUUAGCAUUGAUAUUUUUCUGUCAAAUGUCAGGCUCAUCCAUACACAUUGUUUUGAGCUAAUUAUGCAUUAUCUCAUAUCUUCAAGAUUUUGAUGAUGUGAGAAUUUUAUUUUCAGAAUGAGAUUUUAGGGUAGGUGUAAGAGGCUGGAUCUGGUUAGUUUGAACAUAGAACAGGUAGAAUAUGGGAGCAAUAUAAAUACUGAAGUGUUAAAUUUAGGCACAGAGAUAUUUUACAUCUCUGGGCCAUUUGCAUGAUCAAGAAUUAUAUUUAUUCUAAUAAUAGAAAUUAGUUUCCGCAUAAUGUUUAACCCUUUAGAGAUGCUUCUGCACUGGAAAACACAGAACCAUUUUUAACAAAAUAGUUAAAAUUCUAUAAAAUAAAAAGCAUGUCUGAAUUUCAAUAGACAUAGAAAAAUAUGCUCUUUCGUCUUUCUAGUAAAAAUAAACAGUUGCAGUUCAGCUCAAUAGUCAAUCUGAUUAUCAUCCUUGGGGCAAUAUAUUAGCUUUUUUCGAGGUUUUAAUUUCACUGACUUUUAGAUGAAGAAAUCUAUUUUUUUUAUAAAAAAAGAAUGACAGUUUUUUCAAAUUUGAAAUAUAUAUUUUUCCUACUCACAAAAUGAAGACCAGUUUAAUUUUCAAAUGUUAACUUGUUUUUGUUUUACACUUGUAGACAAAUGAAAGUGGUUUCAUUACAUUGUUUGUAAAAAAUAUUUACUUUCCUGCCCAACUUUCUUCUGUCUCCAUCAUCUUUGACACAUUCUUCUUCUUCAGCAGCCUUCUUGAUAAUCAGUAUAUGCACACACUGAGAGCCCUAAGAUAUUGUUGUUUAUUCAUAAAUGGAUGUGGGGAACAAUAUUUUUUAAUCAUUUAGAUGUUCUUAUACUGCACUUUCCUGUUGGUUUAAUGUCAAAAACUUAAGGUCUACUUAACAAUUUCAUCCCAAAAUGAACAACUCAAAAGUGAUGUUUAUAUACAUUGUGUGUGUGUACAUACAUACACACAUACAUACACACACAUACAUACAUAUAUACAUACAUAUAUGAACACAUGUAUACAUGCAUGCAUAUAUAUAUAUAUAUAUAUAUAUAUAUAUAUAUAUAUAUAUAUAUAGGUGCAAAUGUGGCUGUGUGGCAAGAAGCUUGCUUCGCACCCAUAUAGUACCAGGUUCGGUCCCACUGUGAGGUACCUUGGGCAUGUAUCUUCUACUAUAGCCUUGGGCCAAUCAAAGCCUAGGGAGUAGAUUUGGUAGAUGGAAACUGAAAGAAGCCCGUCGCGUAUAUAUACAUGCAUACAUACAUGUAUAUAUACAUGUGUAUGUAUAUAUUUGUGUGUGUCUAUGUUUGUCCAUCCCCCCCAUCACCAUUUGACAACCGGUGUUGGUAUGUUUAUGUCCCCAUAAUGUAGUGGUUCUGCAAAAGAGACCGAUAGAAUAAAUACUAGGCUUAAGAAAUAAGUCCUGGGGUCCAACUAAAACUCUUCAAGGUGGUGCUCCAGCAUGGCUGCAGUCAAAUGACUGAACAAGUAAAAGAAUAUAUGUGUCUUCUGUUCUUUUUUUCUUUCUUUUUUAAUAAACUAUAAACAUUCUAA